AAAUCAAAUACAGUAACAAUACUUCUACUGACAUUUUCAGGGUCUUUGUUUUUGACAAAAGUAUUUUUAUACAGUAAUUUUUUAUCCAGGGAAAUAUAUUGUUGGAAGCAACACUAACCACCUUUACACAAGUGAUUAAAUGACUAUUAAUAUGUAUCUCUUACGUGGCGCGUGAAACGACAGUGGAUAUGUUCCUCGCGCAUCUCAACACAUCUAAGCAACAGCUUUAGUUAGUAAACGUUAGCUAGCUAACCGCUAGCUAGGUAGAUAACUACCAGUUACUCUGCAUUUUUACACUUACUUUAGUUUAGCUUAGUUGUUUUCACAGAUACUGUCCUGACGUUUUAAUUGCUUCUCUGAUAGAAACAGCCGUUGAUAAUGAAUUGGGUUGGAGGUUCAAGGAACAGAUCCUCCGAAAGUGGCAGUUCUUAGCAGCCCUAAAAUUGGAUCCAAGCAUAAGAGAAAUGAGUCCAUGGUACUCCCAAUGAGCCCCUGCUCUCCAUCCCAGCUGUGCCUUGUUGAGAGCCAGCCUCAGUUCAGUGUUCAAGGAACGAGAAAUAGAAAGCAUGUCAUUCCCCAAGGCUUCAAGUGUCGGCAGCUGUCACCAGUGCUGGAGUCAGCUUUCUCAGACAACAGUGCAUCUGACUACCUGCCACCAAUAACCGACCCCCUCAGCCCCUUCUCCUCCAGCACAUCAGCUUCCUCAGGCCAAGUCAAUUUAGGGCAACAGGUCUCCGCAGGAAUGUUCCCCCUGCAGAGAAGCCAGACGCAGCCACAGCUACCCCCCCACUACACCUUAGGGCUGGAUCAGAACAAGUUUCAGCCUUUUUCCCAACCCAGAGGUAUGACAGACUGCAUCUCCUGGUCCUAUGGAUCCAACCCAGCCCUCUACCAACUGGAGACACCCACAGCAGCCCAAGUCCUGUUCAGAAGUCCAAGGCCAGAUAACACAGAGGCCCACAUGGACCGAGCAAGACAUGAGGUCACCUUCUGUCUCAACCAACCCGAGGACAAGGAGCCUGUGUUGGACUUCACUCUUAACCAAUCAGAAGCUGAGCAGCAGUUUGACGGGGAUGUCUUUAGGGGCUUCAGUACUGAAGAAUGUGAAAAAGACAGUUGUCAUUUUGAAAGAGGAACCUCAAAGAUAUAUCUCAAAGAUGAAACACCAGCCCCACAAACUGUCCCUGACCCACAGUGCAUGGAAGUGGAGGGCAGCGAUCACGGACAUCUCACCAAUUUCACUGACAUACACUUUUCAUGUCUUGAACACAACAAUGGUCCAAUGAAUGACUGCGAAUACUCGCCAAGUUACUCUUGUAGUGGAGGUUACCUCAGUUCAGACUCAAAUGAUAAUGAAGAAUGCUGUCAGCCAUGUCUGCGGGCUGCCUCUUCAUACAUGGACCAAGCCUGUUGUGCAGAUAGCCUAAAUCCAAACCAGGGGACACAACACACACAUGGGAAUCCACAACAAAGGCACACCAAGCCCAGGUCUCCCACCCCGCUCCUGAAACCCAAAAUGAACUUCAGAGACAAUCAGAAAGUUAUGGAGAACGUAUCUUUCCAAGUUAAAGCCCUAGAAAGUAAUAGCCAACAGAUGGGAAGCAACACAGCUCAGUAUGUCUCUCCUCGAGCUCUGGCUCAAACUCAGAGCUCAGAGCUGUGCAAAUGCAAGAGAACACCCAAUGAAACCCGAGAUGCUGGAACUCAAACUGUCGACAACCCCACAGCUGAGACAUGUCACGCCGCGACUCAGUGCAGCUUUGUUGCAGACGUUGCAACCGAAGCCACUGGGUGCCGAUCACCUAUUGAUGUGUCAGUACAGCAUCCGGCCACAGGGGGGCACACCGAUACUGCUGCCGAGCCAAGUACACACGCUCCUUUAUCAGGCAAGGCCAGGAGAGGAGAGAAGCACACGCCCAAGGACCCACGGACCAAGAAAAAAUCCACGGCUGGUUUCCCAUCAGGCAACAGCAUUGUUAACAAAUGCCCUGCUAACAAAAGUGACGGCAAAGUGAUCCUACGGAGACCCAGAAAUCCCUUGCUAGAUGCUCCGAGCAUGACUGAUGUCAGAGGUAAGGAGAAUAGAGAGGGCAGAGACGAGAGAGCGCAACAGGAAAAUGGCCGUCUGAUGAAAGACCUCUCAAAUGAAGUGAGGGAGGAGGUCCCAUCUGCCACCAGGGGUAAGAGACUCCGAAGAGGGCGAGACACUUCAGGAAAUAGACAUUUUGCACAUGCUCAAACAGAGGAAGGAAGUAAGGUAGAGGGAUGAACCAGCAGGA